UCUUUGCUGGCCAGCGGGUCCUGAUAGGAGAGAGCUAAAUCCCCACUCCCUACUGUGCUGGCUUGGAUAGCCGGGCGGGCUGAGGGUGAUCGUAACGCCCUAGCUGGAGCUCAGAGCUCGGAGCUGAGUGGGGUGGUUCCUGCCGCUCCUCCGCUGUCAGCCCCGGCCUCCCCUCCCAUCUUCACUUCCUCUUGCAGCCCCCACCGCCCAAGAGACUCAGGGCUCCCAGCCGUCCGCAGCCAGCCGCCGCCACGCCCUGGCUUCAGCUUGCGGGGCUCCAACCAGACUAACCCAGAACCAGGGCUGCAAGGAAAAAGGGACCCCUGACAUCUCCGUCUCCACAGAGGUUCCAGUUGGGCUGAGCAGCUUCUUCCCUUUAGGAUGACCUCGCCCUCCAGCCCUCCAGCUUUCAGGCUAGAGACAUCAGAUGGAAACCAAGAAGAUGGUGCUGAGGUUGACAAAGGAAAGCAUGGGCCUCCCCCCAUGGAGUCACCAUUCCAGGGCGAGGACAGGAACUUCUCCCCUCAGAUAAAAGUGAACCUCAACUACCGAAAACAAGCGUAUGAUAGCCAGCCAGACCCAAACCGCUUUGACCGUGAUCGACUCUUCCGCGUGGUCUCCCGAGGUUUCCCUGAGGACCUGGCUGGGCUACCAGAGUACCUGAACCGGACCAGCAAGUACCUCACUGACUCAGAGUAUACAGAGGGCUCCACAGGGAAGACAUGUCUGAUGAAGGCUGUGCUGAACCUUCAGGAGGGGGUCAAUGCUUGCAUCUUGCCAUUGCUGCAAAUUGAUAGAGACUCUGGAAAUCCCCAGCCCCUGGUUAAUGCCCAGUGCACGGAUGAGUACUAUCGAGGCCACAGUGCCCUGCAUAUUGCCAUCGAGAAGAGGAGCCUGCAGUGUGUGAAGCUCCUGGUGGAGAAUGGGGCAAACGUGCAUGCCCGUGCCUGUGGCCACUUCUUCCAGAAGAGACAGGGAACUUGCUUCUAUUUCGGUGAGCUGCCCCUGUCUCUGGCUGCGUGCACUAAGCAAUGGGAUGUGGUAACCUACCUCCUGGAGAACUCACACCAGCCUGCUAGCCUGCAGGCAACCGACUCCCUAGGCAACACAGUCCUACAUGCCCUGGUGAUGAUUGCAGACAACUCUGAAGAGAACAGUGCACUGGUGAUCCGCAUGUAUGAUGGGCUUCUCCAAGCAGGCGCCCGCCUCUGCCCCACUGUGCAGCUUGAGGACAUUUGCAACUUAGAGGGUCUCACACCCCUGAAGUUGGCCGCCAAGGAGGGUAAAAUUGAGAUUUUCAGGCACAUCCUGCAGCGGGAGUUCUCAGGACUGUGCCAGCCCCUUUCCCGAAAGUUCACUGAGUGGUGCUAUGGUCCUGUUCGGGUGUCACUGUAUGACCUGGCCUCUGUGGACAGCUGGGAGGAGAACUCAGUGCUGGAGAUCAUUGCCUUUCACUGCAGAAGCCCGCACCGACACCGCAUGGUGGUUUUGGAGCCACUGAACAAACUGCUACAGGCAAAAUGGGAUUUGCUCAUCCCCCGGUUCUUUUUCAACUUCCUGUGUUACCUGGUCUACAUGUUGGUCUUCACUGCUGUGGCUUACCACCAGCCUGCUCUGGAGAAGCAGGCCUUCCUCCCACUGAAAGCAACAGCCGGAAACUCCAUGCUGCUGCUGGGCCACAUCUUGAUCCUGCUUGGGGGAAUCUACCUCCUCUUGGGCCAGCUGUGGUACUUCUGGCGCCGCCGUCUGUUCAUCUGGAUCUCCUUUGUGGACAGUUACUUUGAAAUUCUCUUUCUGGUCCAGGCCCUGCUCACGGUGCUGUCCCAGGUGCUGUGUUUCAUGGCCAUCGAGUGGUACCUGCCCCUACUUGUGUCCUCACUGGUUCUGGGCUGGCUGAACCUGCUUUACUAUACACGUGGCUUCCAGCACACAGGCAUCUACAGCGUCAUGAUCCAGAAGGUCAUCCUGAGGGACCUACUCCGUUUCCUUCUGGUCUACUUAGUCUUCCUUUUCGGCUUUGCUGUAGCCCUGGUGAGCCUAAGCCGGGAGGCCCGGGGCCCUGGAGCCCCUGAAGGAAACAAUGCCACCGAGGUAGCUCAGCCUGCGACAGAACAGGAGGAUGAGGCAGCCCCAUACAGGGGCAUCUUGGAUGCCUCAUUGGAGCUCUUCAAGUUCACCAUAGGCAUGGGUGAGCUGGCUUUCCAGGAACAGCUGCGCUUCCGCGGGGUGGUGCUGCUGCUGCUGCUGGCCUACGUGCUGCUCACCUACGUCCUUCUACUCAACAUGCUCAUCGCUCUCAUGAGUGAGACCGUCAACAGCGUUGCCACCGAUAGCUGGAGCAUUUGGAAGCUGCAGAAAGCCAUCUCUGUCUUGGAGAUGGAGAAUGGCUACUGGUGGUGCAGGAGGAAGAAGCAACGGGCAGGUGUGCUGCUGACAGUUGGCACCAGGCCAGAUGGUAGCCCUGAUGAACGCUGGUGCUUCAGGGUAGAGGAAGUGAACUGGGCUGCAUGGGAGCAGACACUGUCCACAGUGCGCGAGGAACCAUCUGAGGGCGGUGCCCCUGGUUCCAUGAAGAACCCCAUUCUGGCUUCCCAACCUGGAGAGGAUUAUGCAUCAGAGGAAGACUAUCUGCCUCUUCAGGUGCUUCAGUCCCACUGAUGGUCCAGAUGCAGCAGAAGGCCAGCAAGAUAGAGUGAAGAAUCUUUCCAGCCACACAUGCUUGCUCUGGGGAGCUUUAAUUUUGUUGGCAAAUAUAAACAUAUAUUUUUUUCACAACCAACUCUUCUGGAAACAUUAUUAGAGCAAAGUUGCGGGGACCUUUGGUCUAGUAACAUCUGCAUGUCUCUAUGUAUAUGCCUCUGGGUAUGGGGCUAGGCUGAUCCCAGUUUUACUUGGACACAGAAAUCCUUAGCUACCCACUUCUGCCCUCAGUCCUGGGAUUGUUCUCUUCUUUGGGGCAGGCUGCUGGCUGAGGUGCUAUGCCUGCUGUCAUGGCAGCCACACACAUCCCCCUUCUUCCACCAGACACCCAUUAAAUUAACUUCUAAGAUAUCUG